AUGAUGUUCUUCGCGCGGAAACAAAAGCUUAAAGGGACCGGAGCUUUCUUUGCUGGCCUUGCACUCAUCCUCAUGAGGUGGCCCUUUACAGGGUUUCUGGUGGAAUUAUACGGCAUAUUUAUCUUGUUUGGCGAUUUCCUGGGGACUAUAGCUGGAUUCGCGAGGAACAUACCGAUUAUUGGCCCAUAUAUUGGAGCCAUGGUUGAUAGGAGCGGGGUUGCAAUAAGAGGGGCGGAGUUGCCUGUUUAA